AUGGACGAUAUGCUGCAGGCCGAGCUGGAGGCGGAAUCCAGCAUGGAGCGUACUCCCUGGAAUGAAGCCGACGGACCUACUCCUGCGCACCUUCUUGUGCCUAGGGGCCCUCCUCCUCCGGUUCCAGUUGGAGGAUGGCCUGAGCCGAGCUCGCAUAGGCGUGCAGAUGAUGGGCUCACACCUGCAGUUGCCUCAGACAGUGACUCCCACCCCAGUCAGCGAUGGCCUGUGCUUCGCGAGCAAGAUGAACGCGGCGACAUGGUCACAACGCGUGUGCAGGGUCCACAUCUGCCCAGUGGACGCUUUGAGGACAGCUCUUCGCCCUCCUCUGGUGGCUCCGACCUGCGGGCCCUCACAAGUGAUGGCGACGACGACGGCGAUGCAGCCUCGGAUGGCGAAGCGGCUCACUCUGACACGUCUUGGACCUGGAGUGACACGACCCUCAUCCUUGAGGGCUCUGACUUUCGGGACGCUGGAGAAUAUCUCAUCGGCCAGUACCGCCUCGAGCUUCGGGACGUCCAUGCCCAUAUGGCCAACCGAGUGGUGGGUGGCAAAGUGGCUGCCCUACGUCGACAGCUUUCUCGAGGGUUGGUGUCCGGGACAUGGCUCGCCAAAAACUCACGGGAGACAGGCUGGCCAGGUAGGUGGACUACGAGCACGAUGCCACCCACAAUCGGGUACCACGUCGCCUUCGACGUGCAGCCCGAGAUGAUGUAUGAGAGAUGGCUUCUCCGCUCAGCUUGUCGGCUGCACGGAUGCGCGCAGCAUCUGCACUCACAGCCUCGCAAGCGCAUCUGCCGCCAGGUGCUCUACCUGUUCCACUGCCGCCACGUGAAGGUAUCCGAACAGGGAAGACUCGCGGAGAGGUCAAGUGGUCUGUUGGUCAUGCUGCACCGGGCUGCCUUCUACGAGGUGGCCGCGCAAGAGCUGCAUCAUGUUAUCCUUGCCGGGGAUUUUAACGGUUGCCUUAGUCCGGCGGGGCACUGGCCAGAACAUGCCACCGCGGGCCUACUGCCUUACCGGUCGUGUGCACCCAAGCUUCCGGAUAAGACUGCAGCCUGCAACGUGCAGGCACUUCAGCAAGCUGUAGCAUCGCAGUCGCCUGCUGCCCAGGCUCUUCAGCGGGAUGUCGCUGAGCAACUGGCUCGCUGCGCCGUGCAGGACCCUGUCGUAGCACAACUUCAGAUCAAUCAAGUCCUGCUCCAGGCUGCGUGCGAGCACUUCCCGAUACAGCCCAGGGAGGACCACCGUGUCAGUGCCCAGCCUGAGUACCGUGCCAGUGCCAAGCACACCUGGCGUUUGUAUGCGCGCAUGAAGGCACACGCCCAUCCAACAUUGCCCGUCAUUUGGUUGAAGUGGCGGGCAGCCAUCCGCUUCAGGCAGGCCUCGCUAGCCCUGCGAGCCCAAAGCCGACAGCUCAAGAAGCAGUUUCUUCUGACACAGGUGGAACAAGCGGCCGCAGCUGCAGCCCGAGGCGAUCAGAGGUCACUCUAUCAGGUUGUUCUGCGACUCACGCCCCGCUCGCACCGAGGUAUUUCCCGUAUGCUUGGGCCGGACGGCAAGCUGCUCACAGCACCCCAGGAACUCGAGGCCAUAAUCCGAUAUGGUAGUCGAACUUUUGCUGCGUUGCCGGACCAGCUUCAGUUAUGCAGUACGGCUCAUAACCUGAUCAUUUCAGACGAAGCCUUGGCCACCGAGCUUGCCCACCUCGGACUGCGCAAGGUGCUUGGUCCCUCCUUGCGACGACACUUCCAGGCCCCGGGACAGAGGUUGCAGUUCUCCUUGAGCAAAAUGUUGUUAAUCGCUUUCACCAACAUCGGGGCAAGCGAGCUGGCCGCUGCGUUGGGGGACGCAGCCUCUCAUGCGCUCAGGGCACAGGGGGUGGCAGCAGAGGUCAUCAAUGCAGUCCAGCAGCUACACCUCAGGGCGGAGCAUCAUUACUCUGUUGGGGCGCACAAAGGCGGCACCAGCACCACCAACGGGAUCAAGCAGGGCUGCAAAAUAGCUCCAUACUUGUGGUGUUACUUCACGACAGCAUUCCUUGAGCGUCUCAUCGCUGCACGUGAUCUGCAUUGGGUCCUUGCCACAUUGACUCUUUUUGCAGAUGAUGUAUGGGGCAACUGGGUCAUUCGGCAGGUCUCGGACUUCACCCGUGCCAUGCAGGACCUCGAGCUCCUACUGACCACCUUGGAGGCUAUGCAUCUACAGAUCAACUUCAAGAAGACAGCCAUUCUGCUUAAACUUGUUGGUCGGGGUGCUGAACGCGUGCUGUUGCAGCAUACGUCCUAUCAGGCGGGACAGCGGCGCCUCCACCUGCAGGUCUCGGGCAGGCGCUGUGUCAUACCCAUCCGGGAACAACACGAGUAUCUAGGCACUGUUGUCUCUUACACCGGCAGAGUAAGCGGCAAUGUCAGGAAACGCCAGAAAGCGGCACAAGGCCGGCAGCAAGCCAUUCGGCGCGCCCUCAACGGUCAGCACGCUCUCUUGGCCGCGCACAGGGUGAGCCUCUGGCGCUCCUGUGUCUACACCAGUGCCUUGUACUCUCUUCCCUUUGUAGGCUGCCACGAGCGCAGCUUGGAGGCUCUGGACCGUGCCCUGGUCAAGCACCUACGCGCCAUACUCAGGAUUCCUGCUCACAUCAGUCACAUCACGAACACGGAGGUUUGGGCGCAAGCUCAGGUUGAUCGGCCGCUUGUGGCGAUUCUUCGACAGCUCAAAGCUCAUGUUGACAAGCGUCGGGCACAGUAUCAGACGGCCCCAGAUAUAACCGCUGAGGCCAAAGCGCUGAACUAUGCCAGUGAUCUGAUCCGAUUUUUUGAGUCUCUCCUGAGGCGGGAGACUGGUGCCUCGCCCGAGUCCGGUAGCAUGAUGGCCUCCUCCGCGCCCGUCCCCUGUACUGUCUGUGAUAAGAGCUUCACCACCCUUAAUGCCAUGCGCAUUCACUGUAAGCUGCAGCAUGGCUACCUGCCGGAACACCCUAGGGUUCCUACCCGCUUCGAUGCUGCCAUGCACUCGGUAGGUGGCCUUCCGGAAUGCAAACUGUGUAGACGGCGCUUCUUUAGGUGGCAGCAGCUACAGAAGCAUAUCGAGACAGGGGCCUGUUCGGCCUUGGGGGGCGUCCGGGAGGAAGAGGCCGCGUGCAUGUUCUGA